AUGGACAAAGAAACAAUGAAGACCGAACAGGAAGUUGACCUUGCCCGCUCCGACUCCCUCUCCCGCGGGGAGGUCGGCGGCGCUCCCGCUGAGGGACCGACGACCAAGCGUGGUCUCAAGUCCCGACAUGCUCAGAUGAUUGCUCUGGGCGGAACCAUCGGAACCGGCCUGUUCGUGGGCUCUGGCCAGGCCUUGCGUAUGGGUGGCCCGGUUUUUCUUCUGCUCGCUUACAUCGUCAUUACAAUGCUCGUCUACGGCGUCGCUACCGCUACUGGCGAAAUCAGCUCCUAUCUUCCCGUCUACGGCUGCUCCAUGUCCUACUAUGGCACUCGCUAUGUGUCUCGAAGCUUGGGAUUCACCUUGGGCUGGGUCUACUGGUAUGUCUUCGCGAUUACUGUUCCGGCCGAAAUCAAUGUUACCACGCUGGUCAUUCAAUACUGGAACCCGCCUGUGCACACUGCAGUUUGGCUCACCGUUGUCGGCAUUGUUAUCGUCGCAUGCAACUGUUUCCCUGUCAAGGUGUACGGUGAAACCGAGUUCUGGUUCGCAUCUACCAAGGUCAUCGGCAUCAUCGGUCUCCUCAUCAUGGCCGUGUGUUUGUUCUUUGGCGGCGGCCCUUCCGGAGAACCAACAUACUUCAAGUACUGGAGCAAUCCGGGACCGAUCAACGAAUACUUGGUUGAAGGCGGAGUAGGACGACUCUGUGCCUUUGUUGGCACCAUCACCUUUUCUGUUUACGCCUUCGCCUUUGCUCCGGAGCUUCUGGUUGUGACAGGCGGUGAGAUGGAGUCGCCCCGACAGAACAUCCCCAAGGCGACGAUACGAUACUUCUACCGACUUGUCACCUUUUACAUCCUGGGUGCUUUUGCCAUCGGCUUCCUUGUUCCCAGUGACCACCCCGACCUCUUGGGUGGUGGAAGUGGCGCCGCCGCUUCUCCAUGGGCUAUUGCCAUCCGCGAUGCCGGAAUCCGAGGCCUCGACUCUGUGGUAAAUGGCAUUAUUGUUAUGUCCGCCUGGUCGGCUGGAAACUCCUACCUCUACCUGGCCAGCCGUGCUCUGUACUCUCUGGCUGUUGACGGAAACGCACCGAAGAUCUUCACGCGGUGCACCAAGUCUGGAAUCCCGUAUAUUGCGACUGCGACCAGCGCGUCCUUUAGCCUUCUGGCAUACCUCAACCUAGCCAGCAGUGGAGCCACCGUGUUCAAUUGGUUCGUCAACUUGGUCAACACUGGAGGGUUCCAGAGCUGGAUCUGCUGUUGCUUCAUUUACCUCCGUUACCGAAAGGCGAUUGAGGUUCAGGGCAUUACCGACAUUCCUUUCCGCUCGAAGCUACAGCCCUAUGGCGCAUGGGUGAGCAUGAUUGGCUUCACAAUCCUCCUCUUGCUCCAGGGAUUCAAGGUUUUCGUCAAGGGAUAUUGGGAUACUCCCACCUUCAUCACUUCCUACAUCGGUAUCGUCAUCUUCAUCGUUCUCUACUUCGGACAUCGCUAUACAAUUGGCCGAAACGAUAGGUGGGCCCUACGACCGGAGGAGAUUGACCUGACGACUGGCUUGGAUGAGAUUCUCGCGCUUGAGGCCCCGCCCCCUCAGUCGAAGAAGUGGUACAUGAUGUGGAGGCGUGUGUUUGAGUAG